AUGGGAGGCCGGGCGGGCGGGGCGCCCCCACAGCACCCGCGCGCACGCCUUCAAAAAGAGCAACGGACCCGGGGGGGGCCGGGCAAGCCAGCCCCACCCCGGCAGAAGCGGGCUCGGUCGCCACGACCGAGGAAGGGCGAGGCGCCGCCGCCUACGCCCGCGACCUUCCGGGAGUGCUCUCUGCCGGGGCUCCGAGGCGCCGCUGGCACGGGGUGCCGCCACCCCGGCGCCACGGCUGGAUCGGGCGACCGCCGUCACCGAGCCCCCCCCCCUGUCUCCGGCCACACGGCGAAGGCCGGGGCCAGGCCGCGGGUGCCCCGCCGCUGCCCUUCCGACACGGACACACGCUGGCAAACGAGGUCGGGAGCGGGGGAACCGGGCACCGCCACCGCGGCGGGCCGACCGGGCCUUGCUCGGGGUUUGGGGGCUCUCGGGCAAGGGCCGGGGAAAAACCCCGGCCGCGUCGACCCCCGGCUGCCGGCCACCGGGCGACCAAGACCGGCAGCCGAAAAGAAACACCCGCGCCCGGCGGGCCCCGGCUUAAGGCCAGGCAGAAAAGGGACGAGGCGCCGCCGCACCUCGCCCCGCCAGCCCAUCGUGUCCCAGGGGGGCCGCCCCCCCUUGCAAACCGGGCCGGCGGCGGCCGACCGGAGCGGAACGCCACACUCGAGCCCGCCCGCGGCGGGGGCUGUCUCUCUCUGCAACCUUCGCUGCGCUCAGCGAGCGGCUUCUCGACACGCUCUUUCGGCCUUUCGCUUCGUCUCUCUCGCGGCCCUCGCUCUGGCUUUCUCGGCCUCGUCAUUUCUCGCUGGCCUCUCGGGUCGGAUAUUCCUCGAAACUGCCCGGGGGGGGCAGGACGGGGCACCGGGACCAAGCCCCCGCGGCUCACCCGGUGCAGGCGGCACUCGCUUCGCCCCGACGACCGCGCGCGACGCGGCCGCCCUAUCCUCCGCCUCGGACACAGGCGCCCUCGUGGAACCUGCGGGGAUGCGGCCCGUCACCUCGCUCCCAAUAUACGUACAGACGAGUCCAAGGCCGCCGGCGCCUCCAAGGGGACCGCUGGCGCUCGACCGGGAAGCUGCGCCACCGCAGGCCGCCCUCUACGUCGACGUAGCCGGAGGCGGCUGGAAACAGCGACCCCUUGGCGAACUUCCGGCGCCGGCCGGGACAACAGGUCUACCCGGCAGUUCGGACAGCAGGUCUACCCGGCAGUUCGGACACCAGGUCUACCCGGCAGUUCGGACACCAGGUCUACCCCGGAGUCCGGACACCAGGUCUACCCCGGAACACGGGUCUACCCCGAGAUUCGGACAACGGGUCUACCCCGCGGUUCGGACAGCAGGUCUACCCCGGAUUUCGGACAGCAGGUCUACCCCGUAUUUCGGACAGCAGGUCUACCCCGAGAUUCGGACAACAGGUCUACCCGAUAGCAGGGACAACAGGUCUACCCCGGAGUUCGGACAACAGGUCUACCCCGCAGUCCGGACAAGAGGUCUACCCCGUAGUUCGGACACCAGGUCUACCCCGCGGUUCGGACAAGAGGUCUACCCCGGAGUUUGGACAGCAGGUCUACCCCCGAUUUCGGACAGCAGGUCUACCCCGGAUUUCGGACAGCAGGUCUACCCCGAGAUUCGGACAACAGGUCUACCCCGAGAUUCGGACAACAGGUCUACCCGCCAGCUAGGACAAGAGGUCUACCCCGGCGUUCGGACAACAGGUCUACCCGGCAGUUCGGACAGCAGGUCUACCCCGGAGUUCGGACACCAGGUCUACCCCGAGAUUCGGACAAGAGGUCUACCCCGGAGUAUGGACAGCAGGUCUACCCCGGAGGCCGGACAGCAGGUCUACCCCGCAGUCCGGACAACAGGUCUACCCCGAGAUUCGGACAAGAGUCCGGACAACGGGUCUACCACGGAUCCCGGACCAAAGGUCUACCCCGGCGCCCGGACCAAAAGGUCUAAGCUGGCGCACGGGCAACGGGUCCAGCCCGGCGACCGGAGAAAACGGUCUACCCCGGCGCCCGGGCAAAUGGUCUUCCCCGGCGCCCGGAGAAGAGGUCUACCCCGGCGCCCGGAGAAAAAGGUCUACCCCCGCGCCCGGAGAAGAGCACUAGCCCGGGUGCCGGACAACAGGUCUAGCCCGGCGCCCGGACAAGAGGUCUAUGCCGGCGGUCGGACAACAGGUCUACCCCGGAGGCCGGACAACAGGUCUACCCCGGAGUUCGGACAAAAGGUCUACCCCGGCGCCCGGACAACAGGUCUACCCCGGAGGCCGGACAAAAGGUCUAAGCUGGCGCCGUUCGGACAACAGGUCAACCUCGGGGCCGGGAACACCGGUCUGCCCCCGGCGCCCGGAACACGAGGUCUGCCCCCGGGGCCACGGGGCCACAGCAUCCCAGCGGGGCCAGCGUGCAAGGGAAGCGCGGCGGCGGCGGCCCCCGAUGCGACUCGGGCGGUCGCUUCUGGGCCGUUCCUGGGCUGCUUCUUUCACGGUCCGCAGAGCCCUUCGGCCCUCGGCAGGGGUCUGGGGGGGCCGCGGGGGGCUCGGCGUCGAGGUGCUCGGCGCCAGCACGGAGGCGCCGGCCCACGGCCCUCGCUCACAGAGAGAAAGAGAGAGGAGGUACAGAGAGAGAGGGAGAGAGACAGGGACACGCACGCCCGCUCCGCACACUCGCAAUCCGACGCCACCCCCUCAGAGCACCCCCCCGCCCCCAACCCCGUCCCGCCGCUCCUGCACGCACUCUGGCGUGGCCUCUCUCCCCGUCCCUGCCCCCUGCCCCUGCCCUGUCUGCGGCAGCCGCCCGCCCAUCGACGGUUGGGGGCGCCCCGCCCUGCCCCGUCAGACUCCCCGGCGCCGCCCGCAGCCUUUACCCUCAAGUCCCCCGCCCGCUCUCUGCUCGGCCGCUUGGCACGUCUGCAGCGGCGGCAGGGCCGGGAGCCGGCCCACAUCGAGGCAGGCGGGGCCUUCGGCCGGCAGGGCCAGAGCCCGCGGCAGAGGCGGCAGCCCCUUUUCCGAGAAGCCUUCUCUUCGGCUCUCGCCCGGCCUUCCUGCUUUGACGGCCUUCCUUCCUUGGCGCUCCGGCCCGGCCCGGCCCGGCCCCGUCCCAGCCCGGGGCAGGACGGCCGAAGGAAGCGAGGGACGCAGAAAGGGAGGCAGGAGCCGGGCUGCCGUGGCUUUGGGCACAAAGGAGGAGGCGGGAGCGCCGCCGGCCCCUACCGGCCGGCUCCUUCCCUCUCUAGCCCGGCGCCCGGCGGCCAGAGGGUCGGUCGUGCGCGGGACAACAGGUCUACCCGGGCUCCAGAGGAACAGGUCUGCCCCGCCGGCCGGGCAGCCGGAGGCCGGGGCCGGAGGAGGACGACAGGGCCUAGCCCGGCGCAGGCACACGCGUUAAAGCCGGGGGCCGGAGGAGACGUCCGGCACCGGGACGACAGGUCUAGCCCGGGGCUUGGCUGCAACAGGUCUACCCCGGGCGGCGGCAGGACGCCGGGUCUGUACCCCGGGUGCAGGACGCCGGGUCUAGCCCGCGGCUUGGCUGCAACAGUCGUGCCGGCCUCCUCCGGCGCUCGGCCUCGCCAGGAGCACGUCCGGCGACCGGGACAGCCGGUUUGCCGCCUAGCCGAGCGGCCGGAGGACCAAGUCCGGCCCAGGUGCGCGGCUCCCUGCGAGGGCUUGGUGCAGGCAAACCAAGUCCGCUUCGGGGACCCGGUCUACCCUGCAGCUGGCCGGGAAAAAAGGGCGGGCAGGCAGGAGGGCGAGGGAUCGCGCGCGGCCGCCGCGCGCGAUCCCUCGCCCUCCUGCCUGCCCGCCGCCGCCGGGGGCGCCACGCGCGGCCGGCCCCGCCGCACGGGGGCCCGUCGCACAUUGGCAACUGGUCUACCCCCACGCCCGAAGAAGACGGCGGCCGACGGGCUUCCCCGCGCGCCCACCCGCCGGGUGCCCCACGAUCAUGCGGUACGCGACGGGGGAGAGGCGGCGCCGCAUCCGUCCGCCCCUCCGCUCCCAACCACGAGCGGCGCUCCGCACCGGGCCCGCCCCGGGGCGGGGCGGGCGGCCGGCUAUCGCGAGCCCACCGAGGCGCCGGCGGCGCUGCGGUAUCGCUACGUCUAG